CAUACAAUGAGGGGGGAGGCCGGCCGCUUGCCGCUCUGCUCUGCUCAGUCAGCCCCAGCCCAGCGCUGGCGCGGGGGGCUCCCCAGCUGUCGCCUCGCCCGGCCCCCCAUGCCGCUGUCUGUUGGGUUUGAAGAUGCGCCUGGCCCCAUCCCCUCGGCUGCCCUGAAAGAGCAGGCCUGAAGCAUGUGAUCGCUGGCACCAUGGAGGAGGUGGACUCCCGGUCGCCGUCCCCACACAAGGCGGUGGACUCCAGCCCUGCCAGCUGCGCAGCCCUGCCAUCUCCCCCACUCCAGCAGGAGCCUCUGCCGUCCCCUCUGCCUGAGGAGCUGUCCGUUGGCGAGGGCGAAAACCCGGCCUUCAACGGAGAGCUGGACCUGCAGCGCUACUUCAAUGGGCCAGGGUCUGCACUGGGGGAAGGCGGGGGAGGCAAAGCCCGGCCCUACCCCUGCGCCGUCUGCGGCAAGCGCUUCCGGUUCAACAGCAUCCUAGCGCUGCACACGCGGAUCCACGCCAGUGAGACCCCCUUCACCUGUCCCUACUGUGGGCACCGUGCUGCCCAGCGCGGCCUCCUGCGGCUCCACCUCCGCUCCCACCGCCCUGAGGCCUGCGCCCGCCUCAGCCACCAGAGCCGCCUGCUGCUGGAGCUGGAGGAGCGGGCACUGCUGCGGCGAGGCCCGCCAGCCGCCAGCGAAGGGGAGGAAGAAGAGGAGGAAGAGGAGGAGGAGGAGCCCCCCCCGCUGCCUAUCCCCCCGCCAGCUCCUCUCCCCGCCCCCCCAUCACCCCCACCGCCGCUGCCUCCCCCCAGCUUUCGCUGCCCCUUCUGCAAAGGCAAGUUCCGGACGGUGGGUGAGCGGGAGCGACACCUGCGGAUCCUGCACCAGCCCUACAAGUGCGGGCAGUGCCCCUUUGCUGCCACCCAGGAGGGGGAGCUGCAGCAGCACAGCCAGGAGGCCCAUGCCCCCCCAGCGCCCCCAGCCCCUGCCGCGCCUGCCCCCGCCGAGUUCCGCUGCCACGUAUGUGGCCAGGCCUUCACCCAGUCCUGGUUCCUCAAGGGGCACAUGCGCAAACACAAGGACUCCUUUGACCACAAGUGCCAGGUCUGCGGGCGCUGCUUCAAGGAGCCCUGGUUCCUCAAGAACCACAUGAAAGUGCAUCUCAGCAAGCUGGGGCUGAAAAGCGAGCGGGGUGCGGCCGUGCCAGCGGCUGGCGGGAAGCCCAAGGCGCCUCGGGGGCUGCUGCUGGGCUAUGAGGCGCUGUACCCUGCCUUCCUGCCGCCCCCGGACAAGGCCGAGCAGGGCUCCUUCCUGGGCUACCUGGAGCUGCGCCCACCAGGAGAUGCCAGCUGCGCCGAGCGGCUCCAGGCCACGGCCCGUGCAGUGGAGAGUGGGCAGGAGGCAGCUUCCCAGCUGUGGGGCGAGCGCCGGCAGCACAACAGGGGUGAGGCGGCCAGGGAGGAGGGUGGCGCCAGCAUGGGACAGCACCGCUGCCCCGACUGCGCCCGGGCCUUCGCUACCUACCAGCAGAUGGCCGUGCACACUCGCAGCCACCGGCCCCAGGAUGGUGAUUGGGCCAGGGGCCGGGCCCUGGGGGCGCUGGCUUCGCUUCACGCAGCAGCGGGACACGGGCUGCCCACGGAUGGCGGGGGCAGCUCCAAUGCAGGCACAGGCUGGGGCACGGCCCUACCCAGCCCGGGGAUACAGGAGGAGAAGGGGCUGCGCAGAGGGGCCCUGCGUCCAGAUGGGGGCCGUGGCACGUCAGGCAAAGACUGUCCGUACUGCGGGAAAACCUUCCGCUCCUCCCACCAUCUCAAGGUGCAUCUGCGUGUCCACACAGGCGAGCGCCCCUACAAGUGCCCACACUGCGACUACGCUGGCACCCAGUCUGGCUCUCUCAAGUACCACCUGCAGCGCCACCACCGCGAACAGAAGAACAGCGCUGGCGCGGCCGGGGCCUUGGAGCCACGGAGCCGCACCACCCCCAGUGCCCCCGCCAAGCCCCCCGCCUUCCCGCCAGAGCUGCUGCUGCAGGCAGCUGAGAAGUACCGCGGGGCCUUCCUGCCGCAGGCCUGGGGCACGGCCAGCCAUGGGCCCCCGGCCCGGCCGUCCCGCCGCAAGCCGGCCUGCACUGGCCGAGCCCUACGCAAUGGCCGGGCUGACUUCGAGCCGCUGGACCUGUCGCUGCGGCCGGCGCUAGAGGGGGUGCCACCUGGUGAGCUCACCCUGCACCGAUGCCUCUUCUGCCCCUUUGCCACUUCUGCGCCUGAGCUCAUGGCCCUGCACCUGCAGGUCCACCACAGUCGCAAGGCCCGGGGGCGCCGCUCUGUCACGGCCUACCCCGUACGGCCCCACGCCUGCCUGGGGCAGGACAGGGAGCAGCCCCCACUGCACCCCCAGGACAAGGGGCCUGGAGUUGGGGAGGAGCCCCCCACCGCUGUGGCCCACAUGUCCCAACGGCCCCCCAGAGCCCCCAUGGACACAGAGGCGAGUGAGAGGCAAGGGGAACUGGAGCUGGUGCUGGCUUGAGGCAGCAGAGCAGCCAGCCAGGGGCCCUGCUCUCCCCACGGGGCCUGAAGACCCCAGUGUCCAGGAGGGGCAGGGACAUGAUCCCCCAGUCCUCCCACUAGUGGGGCAAGGCGGACGCAGGGGCCUGUAGUGUAGACAUGAAACACUAACACUGGGCGGGAGAACUCGCUAGAAAGUAGACUCAUAGGGACAGUGAGCCAACAGGGGAGGGAAGCCAGGAGGGGACAGAGAGCCACUGAUGAGGGAUAUGCCUGGUAAGGGCAGAGAGCCAUGGGCAGUGGACAGCCCCUGCUGCUCUGCACCCACUCCAGCUCCACUGGCUGGCAGAGGGCUGUGGCUAGCAGGGCACUCUGGCUGAGUCAGGGUGCCCUGGGUGGCAGGAGCCAAUGGCUGGCAGGUGGGCUGUGGUGGGGUGCUCUGGCUAACGGGGCUCUCUCCCCUGGGGUUGUGGUGGUAGUUUCCUAGUGUCUGUAGACGUCUCCGUUGUCGGUUCCAGUGUUGUCGUGCUAACAGAGGCCCCGGCAGAGGCUGUGGGUCUAUGCAGCUCUGGGACACGGAGUGCUGCACACGAAGGGCUGAGCAGAGACAGCUGUGUCCUGGGGAGGGCCAUGUCCAUGGAAGGGUCCCUGGGUGGGUGAGUGUCCACACCCUGGCUUUGUCUCCAUGGGGACUCAAGCUGUAGUGUGGUCUCCAUGGUGAUCGUUGUGUGGCCUCCCUCCUGUGGCUGCCGGUGCUCCGGUGCUGUGGCAUCAUCUCCAUGGUGAUUGGUGCCAUGGCCUGGCCCCGCGGCAAUGGUUGCCGUUGCAGCUGGACGAUCCGUAGAGUUCUCUAUUUUUUUUAU